UUGGUGUGGACAGGUAUGAGACAGGUUGGACUGCACUAGUGAAAGAAGGAUUUGUAAAGCUGAGGACAUGUGUUUUGGAAGCUGUGCUAGAUGUAUUGGUUAUAAGUUGCUCAUCCUUGCCUUGCUCAGCAUCGUGGCCAACAUUUUACUUUAUUUUCCCAAUGGUGAAACAAGAUUUGCUUCAGAGCAUCACCUCGGCAAAUAUGUGGAGUGCCUUCAUGGCAUUCUAGGUGGAGGCUUUUUGGUGCUCAUUCCAGCUGCAGUAUUCAUUGGACUUCACAAUGAUGACUGUUGCGGGUGCUUUGGCCAUGAGGACUGUGGGAAAAGCUGUGCGAUGCUGUCCUCAGUUCUGGCAGCCUUUGUUGGGAUCCUUGGUUCUGGAUACUGUAUAAUCAUUUCAGCACUGGGCUUGUCUCACGGACCAUAUUGUUUUACUCACCUAGAGAGAAACUGGAUCUAUCCUUUCAGUGAAUCCUCUGGAGGGUACUUGUUUGAGUAUAACAAGUGGUCUAAAUGUCAAGAACCUCAAAACAUCGUGCAGUGGAACAUCACCCUCUUUUCCAUCCUCCUUGUCUUGGGAGGAAUAGAGUUCAUUCUGUGCUUCAUACAGAUAAUCAAUGGCAUUCUUGGAGGACUAUGUGGGUUGUGCUGCAGUCAUGAGGAGAUCCUUCUGUUGGCAGUGAUUCUAAUAACACUGGAGUGUAGCAUGUUCUAUCGGUGCUGUCAGAGUGAGAGCUGUAACAAAACCUACCGGAGUUUUAUUUCAAUUGUGUUAGCCCUGCUUGGAGUUGCUUUCUCUGGAUACAGUUGCAUCAUUUUUACCUUGGGGCUGAUCCAAGGCCCCUUCUGCAAUUCAUCAGGUGGAUGGGAUUAUAUCUUCAAAGACACUGCUGGAGGGUACCUCACAGAUUACCCUGCUUGGUCUCGGUGCACAGAACCUGCUAACAUAGUAGAGUGGAACAUCAUUUUACUCUCUAUUCUGAUAGCUCUUAGUGGACUGCAGUUGAUCAUCUGUUUUCUCAAAGUGGCUGCUGAGUUGAAACGGACACUCUGUGGGACCUAUUCUGUUUUUGUCCAGGCUGGGAUUCUCUAAAAAUGGCAUGGAAAUCUUCACUGCUUCUCCCCUACCCCCCAGAAAAAGAGAGAAAUGGCUUCUCCAACAUUUACAAUGGUUUAUGAAUGCAAAAUGAAGCUAUUCUUCCUAAGCUGCUUGCUGGUUUCUUGCUGUUGCCUAGCUGGGGCAGUGAACAGGGAGUACUACAUCGGCAUUAUAGAGACAGUCUGGAACUAUGCACCUGGCAAUACCAAUAUCGUAUCUGGACAGCUUUUUGCAG